AUGUCCGGUCAUAAUCACAUCCGCAUCGACUACGAAGGCAACUUUGCCAUCAUUACGCUGAACAAUCCGAACAAGUUCAACUCCCUGACACAGAGCUUGUUCUCUCGCCUAGCGAGUCUACUCAGGGAGGUAGAUGCAAACAAGGAUGUCUACGUCACUCUUCUGAUUGGAGAGGGACCCUUUUUUUCCGCUGGUGCCGAUCUCAAAGACAGCCCUCCAUCCAUGGAAGAGAUCGUGUCCCGUCCUUAUUGGCUUCCUAAGCUCGUCAAUAAUAACUUGGAUGUUGCGAGAGCAUUCUACAGUCACUCUAAAAUCCUGGUGACUGCUCUGAACGGACCUGUGAUCGGACUUUCAGCCGCGCUCAUCUCCCACUCAGACUUUAUCUACGCGGUGCCUGAUGCUUACCUUUUGACGCCCUUUUCUUCACUGGGCUUAGUCGCUGAAGGCGGUGCGAGUGUUGCGUUCGUCCACAGGAUGGGACCCGGCAAGGCCAAUGAAGCAUUGAUCUUGGGCCGAAAGAUCCCGGUCAGCGAGCUUGUCCAGGUUGGUUUUGUUAACCGCGUCUUCGAGGACAAGAACAACUUCCGGACGCAGGUGUUGGAGUACAUGCGCCAAACCUUUAGUUCCCACCUUGUCGGCUCGAGUUUGCUGGGAACCAAGGCACUGAUGCGUCGCCGGGUCGUGCGUGAGCAGGACGAGAUGGCUCCCCUAGAGACGUUCCAGGGCCUUGAGCGUUUCUGCGCAGGCAUUCCACAGGAGGAAAUGGGCAAAGUUAUGUCGGGAACUAAGAAACACCGACUUUGA